CCCGGAGGGAGGAGCUUGAGCCUGCCGUGGGCGCAGGCGUGGGGCGCGGCCUGGGGGCGGGGUCGAAGCCUCCCCUGGGAGGGGCGGCUCGUGGGCGGGCCCGGAGGCGGGGCCAGCGGUUGUCCGUUGCGGGGAGGGGCGGGGCCUGCGCCGGGGACGUGGCCCGGGAGGCGUCGUUGGUUGGCGGGCGGCGGGCGAGGGCGGGCCAUGGCCCUGCUACUGUGCCUGGGCCUGACCGCGGCGCUGGCCCGCGGCUGCCUGCACUGCCACAGCAACUUCUCGGAGAAGUUCUCCUUCUACCGCCAUCACGUGAACCUCAAGUCCUGGUGGGUGGGCGACAUCCCCGUGUCGGGCUCGCUGCUCACCGACUGGAGCCAGGACACGAUGAAGGAGCUGCACCUGGCCAUCCCCGCGGAGAUCACCCGGGAGAAGCUGGACCGAGUGGCGAACGCCGUGUACCAGAAAAUGGAUCAGCUGUACCAGGGGAAAAUGUAUUUCCCCGGGUAUUUCCCGAAUGAGCUGCGAGCCAUCUUUCGGGAGCAGGUGCACCUCAUCCAAAAUGCCAUCAUCGAAAGCCGCAUUGACUGUCAGCGUCACUGUGGCAUCUUUCAGUACAAGACCAUCUCCUGCACCAACUGCACCGACUCGCACGUCGUCUGCUUUGGCUACAACUGCGAGUCUUCAGCAGAGUGGGAAACAGCCGUGCGGGGCCUCCUCCUGUACAUAAAUAAGUGGCACAAACAGGACAGCAACACCAGAACCACUCCAGCCUUUCUGAUAUCACCAAGCUUCACGUGUCUUGAGCCCCCACACCUGGCCAACCUGACUCUAGAAAAUGCUUCCGAGUGCCUGACACAGCACUGAGGACCACCGGGUUCGCCACACCGGCCCUAGCCUUGAGGUGGAGCCAGGACUCAGCUGGACUGUCCCAGCCUGACCCCAUGGAGCAGGCCUGCUGCUGCCCCGAGUCCCUGCACUCCCAUCAGAGCCCGGGGGCCCCGGGGAGGGGGAUGCGGCUUUGUCGGGCGGGGUCACAGAGCUAUUAGAUUCAAUGAUUAAAUGUCCCUGACAUGUCCCA